GUCCUCAUUUCUAUGUAUACCACCCCAAGCCCUCUCCUCCUUUCUACACCAACCUGAUCCAGUCAAAUCUUCCUGCGCCCCUCAUCUAGUUGGAUGUUCCUCGAGUAGUUAGCUGGAUCCCCAAAGAGUUCUUCCAGCGUUGUCUUCUCGAUGCAACCUCAAGCGGUCGGACAGCAGUAAAGCGUCUCGCCCAGAUCUUAAACUUACGGAAGCGAGCGGAGCAGCGUCCCUUCAGAUCCGAGAUACAUGGAUCUUCAGUUCUUGGAGCGUAUACUUGAUGGAAGAGAGAAGCCAACAAAUCUAUCAUUCACACUUUUGAAGAGUAUCACACAAAAUUUCUCGGACGAUCGAGAAAUUGGCCAUGGUGGAUUCGCAACGGUUUAUAAGGGAGUGCUCCCAAAUGGGAACGUUGCGGUAAAGAGGAUAAGGAACAGUCAUUCAAUCAAGGAGGCAUUAUUUUAUCGUGAAGUUGACAGCCUGUUGAACGUUGAACAUAAAAAUGUGGUACGGUUUCUUGGCUUCUGUGCUAGCACAGAGCAAACAGCCAUACAAAUCAAGGGAUCAAAACAACAUAUUUAUGCAGAGGUAAGAGAAAGAUUACUCUGUUUUGAGUAUAUCAGCAAUGGAAGCCUGCAAAAAUAUAUUACCGAUGAAUUAAGGGGACUUGAAUGGAAUACACGUUAUAAAAUAAUUAGAGGCAUCUGUGAAGGUUUGCAUCAUCUGCACAAGGAAAAGCAGAUGUAUCAUAUGGAUCUGAAACCCGAUAAUAUACUACUAGACAAUGAUAUGGUGCCGAAAAUCACAGAUUUUGGUUUAUCGAGACUUGAUGAGAAGUCAAAAACUAUGAGUGAAGAACGUCAUGGAUCACUAGGAUAUUGUGCUCCAGAAUAUCUACAUCAGGGAAAGAUGUCAUUCAAAUCAGACAUGUACAGUUUGGGUGUCAUAAUUAUUGAACUAGUGACUGGACAAAAGGCGAUCCCUAGUAAUAAUAACAAUGUACUUAGGAGAUGGAGGCACAGAUGGAAGAAAACUGGGAAUGAAACACCAUUUGUUUACCAACAAGUAGCAAAAUGCCUCGAAAUUGGGUUACUCUGCAAGGAAAUUGACCCAUCCAAACGGCCUUAUGUAUGGCAUCUGAUACAUGUUAUAAGAGAAGUUGAAGGUGCUAAUGCAAAAAUCAGCAAUGCCUAUGAACAUACAUUUGGACAUAUAAGCCCUUACUUGGAAGAUGAUAUGCUUGGAAUUGAGCCACUCCAACUACAUUUUCCUUUUGAGCUCAACAACCAGAUGUCAUGUGAAAUUCAGCUAACCAAUGAUACAAACUCUUACAUUGCCUUCAAUAUCGAAAAUACAAGCCCCCUGUCAUACCACACACAGCCGCAGAAAGGCAUUAUGCCACCACAGUCCAAGUGCAAUGUUGAAAUAACAAUGCAGCUGCAGGGAAAGGCACCAGGAUAUAUGCAUCGUGCAAAUGAACUUAUUGUGUGGAGCACCAAAGUGAAUGAUUGCAUUGCAGUUGAGGAUAUAACUAUGGGAAUGUUCAUUAAUGAUGCGGUCAGAGCUGUUGAUGAGGUGAAUUUGGAUGUUGUUUUUGACGACAAUGAGCCACAGGAAUCAAGUGACAAAAGCAAUGAGGAUGACCAAGAAAAUGAAGAAGGUAGCCUGAGCAAGUCACGAAAGGAAUUAAAGAAGGUACUUGGUUGUUCUUCUGGACAAAAUAAGUCGGAUGCCGAUGAUGAUGAUGAUGAUGAUGAUGAUGAUGAUGAUGAUGAUGAUGAUGAUGAUCAGGAUGUAUCUCCUGUGACAGAGGAUGAGAUCAGGACUGUUCUUCUUGGAGUGGCUUGUGUCACCACACAAGAUUUAGUGUCCAUAUUUAAGUCUAGACUACGAAGUCCAGAGUACAAGAACGCCUUUGCUGAAAUUCUGAAGAAAAUUGCGACGAUACGGAAGACUAAUGGCUACAAAUAUGUCGUCCUCAGAGAGGAUAAGAAAUGAUGAGCUCAAAAGUGGAGAUUUCCUUCAUUGCGAAGCUUCCUCUUGUGUCUUUCUAGGGAUAAUAGUUUUGUAUUAUAUUCGGUCUUCUGACAAGUGUAUGACGAACUUCUACUGCAGCUUGCUUGUAGAAAUCAAAUAACGAUAGGUGCUAUGUUGUCAUUCCCUGGAGUUAUUCUAGAAGAAGUUGGGAAUUACAAGGUUACGAUGAUGUGUGAGAAGAGGUAUAUUCAUGCCAGGACAGUGUUUUCUGUUUGACCAGGUUCUUUAAACCUAUGAAUCCAAAGUGUAAAAUCUAGAACGAUGUUCCUAAGAGUAAA